AUGAAACAAUCAAUUAUCCUCGCUCAUUUAAUGUUUAGCAUUUUGAGUUUGCUAUUACUGGUAAAACAAUCAUAAGCAGAGAUAAUCCCUCCAAAUUGGUGGGAGAAAGUAAACGCUAGAUCAGUAAGCGGAUGGGAUGACUUUAAGAAGAUUACUGAAGUUGAUCACAAAGAUAAAAUAAUAUUCAUCGAUUUCUAUAUGCAAUAUUGUCCUUGGUGCUUUAGACUUAUGGAUGAUUUCAAUAGAAUAGUAGAAGAUAUGACAGAGUGGUAUGGACCUGAAUAAGUUCUCUUCUUAAAGAUAGAUGGACCUUAUAAUAGAGAUAUCAGUUUCCAAUUUAGAGUAGGAGGUUACCCUACUAUUUACUCUGUACUUCCAAAUACAAAUGGAGCACCUCAUUAGCAAUUUAGCGCUUUUCCCAGAAACUAUGAUAAUUUGAAGAAAUGGAUGCUUGAGAUAAUGGGAUCUACUCCUAUGAGGCCAGGAUAGAAAUUACCUUCUCAUGAAUAAGAGGAAUAACUAAGAAAAUUAAAGCAAACCAUUGAGGAGACAUUGAAUGAUUAAUAAAUAAAACAAUCUGAGACAAUGAGUCAUGCUUUCAUUGAUAUUCUAAAAUAAGUGGGCGAAUCAUCCAUAAAGCAAUCUGAUAAAUUAAAUGACUUGAUAAAACAUUAUGAGGCAAUUGUUAACACAACCACUGAGAUACUUGACUAGGAGGAAUAGAAUUAAAAAUAGUAGGAGGGUUAUCUUGAUUCAGCUUUCAAUAAUUUUUUAAUUGGCACGAUUGCAGGUGGUAUUUCAGCUUUCCUAAUUGUUAUUUAUCUCAAUUUGAAUACCUUUGCAUCAGAUUAAUAAAAGAAAAAGAAAGUAAAUCCUAGUUUGAUAAGGCCAUAAAGUGAUAUUCAAGAGAAGUCAGCAUGA